UGCGUUUAGCUCCUGCGGAGGUCGCGAAUUAGAUCAGCUAACUCGGUUUACGCUUCGAGUUGACAUUGUUUCCUAAGGCGGUUAGAGUAACUGUGCAAAUUCAGUUGCUGAAUGGUCACUCUAAAGCCUCCCUGUUCAUCAUGGAGCCCUACUGACAUGAUACCGCUGGUCUUCGUCUUGCUGGUGUCGUUUGACGUGAGUCUAGCGUGUCCAGCCGGCUGUCGCUGUCACUCUCAGGUCGUCCGGUGCAGAGAUGCCGGACUCACGAGCUUACCAGUCGGUCUACCAAAGGACGUGCGACAAUUGGAUCUGAGCGAGAACGCGUUCACGCGCUUCGUUUCGGGAGCUUUCGGACAUCUGACUGAGCUGAGACAAUUGAUCUUGAGCGAUAACAGACUGACGGAGGUUCCUGUGUUUGACGCGAAGAGCAGUCGUCUGGAGAGGCUGACUCUAGCUGGUAAUCUCAUCACGGUGCCAUCCGGAUCAGCCAUUGCAGCUCUGCGGGAGCUGAGGCGACUAGACCUGAGAAACAACAACAUUACUGACUUGAACCGCUCUUCGUUUCCAAGGAACUGUUCUGUUGACACGCUAGUGCUGUCUGAAAACCAAAUAUCAGCAGUCAGUCCCUCUUGGCUCUCUCUCUUUCCUAAAUUGCAAUAUCUACGACUGAAUAAGAAUUCUGUUCGAUCAUUACAGAAAUUUCCUCACUUGCGAGCUUUGGAGAUACUAGAUCUCAGUAAUAACCAAAUCGGUCAGGUGCAGAGCCUUACUUUUGAAAAUUUACCUGCUCUCACAGUAAUAAAACUGCAGAAAAACGGGUUGACAGAACUGAAAGAUGGCAGUUUCUAUGUCAGUGAGAGUCAACUGCAAGAAAUUCAUUUGGAGCACAACAGCCUAACAGAAAUCAAUGAAGGAGAAUUCUUUGGUUUACAAUUAGUCAAAAAAAUGUACAUCAGCCAUAACAAGAUAUCGAGUAUAAGCUCGUUGCAGCCGUUUUUCCAUUGCAAGUCGCUGGAAAUACUUGAUCUGAGUGAAAAUGAGUUACCUAUUGUGGAGAGUUCGUGGUUCAGCACUCUUGGAAAACUGAAUACCUUGCGGCUCGAUCACAACAGAAUCUCUACUAUUGAACCAAACUCGUUUAUUCAGUGCUCCUCGCUUACAGAACUUGUGAUGGACUACAAUUAUCUAUCGUGGCCGAGGUACGGCAAGGACGGCUUGUUCAAGGGAUUGACGUCGUUGAGAAUGCUAAAACUUAAACGCAACAUGAUCACAUCAGUGAAGGGUGCUGGAUUCGAGGAUCUCGGAAGUCUCCAAUUUCUUGAUCUUUCACUAAACCCCGUGUCAACACUCGAUGAGAACACGUUUACUAUCUUCACGUCCCUUCAGCGACUGGUUUUGAAUUCGACUACUUUGUAUUGUGACUGUCACAUGGCUUGGUUUCCAAAGUGGAUUCGAGAAAAGAAUAUGACGAAGACGGCUGGUGGAUUUUGUAAAGCGAACAGUUGGUAUAUACUUCGUGUCCCUAAUGCGACGUUCUCAUGUGCGAAUCACCCAUGGAUUGUCGAGAAUCCUCAGCAUGUGGUGGCGAACAAAGGGCACAAUGUCACUCUCAGAUGCAAAGCAGAGAGUCAGAGCUUAAACGUUAUCGAAUUCUUGUGGAUGAAAGAAGAUGAGUUGUUGGUCAAAUUGGAAGAUGUUAUUAUUACGAACAGCUCAGGAAUGUCGCAUGUCAAACUUCUGAAUGUCAACUUCGAAGACGCUGGGAGAUACUAUUGCAUCGCUGAUAAUGGUUUUGCUCGAAAACAUUCGACUGUUGCCGAAGUGAAAGUGUAUGAAUACCCGACGUUUACCGUACGACCAGGAGAUUCGGUUGUUUUCGAAGGCAGCGAUGUAAACAUUGAUUGCAGGGCCAGGGGCAAACCGACUCCAGUUGUGGGCAUCGUUUCUGCUUCAGGUGACGGCUUUGUUGCAGCUAUCGAUGGCAGAAUUGACAUUCACCCUAUCCUGGGAACUACCAUCAAGAAUGCAUCUAAACGCGACACUGGACUGUAUUACUGCAAUGCCACCAGUGAUGCAGGCACAGCUAUCACGGAAUUUGUCAUUACAGUUUUACCUCCACUGCCUGUUGAAGAACGUGGUUUUGUGUCUGUGACUGGUGUUGUUGGACAAUCUCUUGUAAUGGCAUGCAACAUAACCGGUCUGAACGUACUUGGCCAUGUUACGUGGUAUAAGGGCAAGCAACAGGUAAAAGACAGCGAUCGUAUUCGUCAGACAAAGUUUGGUGAAUGGCUGGUGUUUGCGAUGUUGCGUCCUGAUGAUAUGGGCCGCUACAGUUGUCAGGCUCCGACAGAGAAGACGGUCGUACAAAUAGAAUACAACUUACGAAUAAAAUACAACUUGUCUCUGUCGUCUAACUUGUCUUGUAACAACACAGUUGUCAAUCUAGGAGAUGACGAUGUCACAUGGAUCGUUGUGGCUGUCAUUUGUGGAUUCGUGUUAGCAUGCGCAUGGUGGGUGAUUGGCAUCUUUGUUUGGAAAUUUGUGAGACGCUCUCGGCAAGUAAAGAGUAAGCAGUGUGCUAGCAAUACGUCUGCUUCCACAGCGGUGAUGAUGAAACCCAUGAGACGUAGCAAUGGUCACAGUAGACCGGUUGUUGAUGAGUCAAGCGUGGAGACGAGCUCCGGAUCAGGGGGCAUGGCGGCAUCAGUUGUCAACACACAUCAGAAGAAAGGAAGUGUGUACCAUAAUGGAGUGGUUGGCAAUCCCAAUGGAGUUUUAGUUAGUAAGGGGUCGUACAGACCGAUAUCAGGGAGCAAUGGCACUUGUGCGUUGAGACAAGAUCACAACACGGACACUCACACUACUGAUCAGCACGUAAUGUUAGAUGGGGUAACAGCACACGGGCAUUCUCACUCGAUCAACUGUCACUCACAGAUGGCCUCUGCACCUUGCAGUGCACCUAAGGUGGCACAACUGCAAUCAUCUAAUGACAGUUCCCAACCCCUUGGCUCUAUUGCAGACCCUGAUAGAUGUAACAUUAGUGCAAAGGAACCGAGUAGUAGUUACAACUCAGAUAGUGAAGUAGAGUAAGCGUAAAGCAGAGAUGUCUGCUGUGCAGACAGCAUUAGAGCCAAUGCUAAGCUUUGGUAUGCUCGGCUAAGAAUUUGUACGCUAGUUAAUGGUAUUUCACAGUGGGAAAACCACGUAUGGUGUUAGUGUAGUGUUAGCUAAGAUGUGUAGAGUUUAAGUUUUGUAUGGAAUUUGUACAUAGUUGCAGAACGUGUUACAGACAGCUGAACAA